AUGCGAUCGCGAACGGAUGUGGAAUUUUAGAUGGUUGUAAGGCAGAUAGUAUUGAAGAGUGUUACAAAUAUUAGAAAAUUUGAUGAUCAAAAAAGAAAAUAUCGCUAUUAAGUAUAUAAACGGUUUCGUGUAAAAAUGAACACGUGGUUACUGGCUGCCCUCGCCUUAUGGGCUCUUCUGCUGCAUUUAUUUUUUCCCAAGAUUUUGGAGUUUUUACGUUUAGUUAGCUGGUCUAAGACAUUGCCGGGUCCAACAAUUGCAGAAUUCAUUGAAAAUGUUAAAAAAGGACAAAUUCUCGCCUGGUUCAAGGAGCUACGUCUGCGGCAUGGUCCCACAUUUUGUAUGUGGAUGGGUAAAGAUUUAAUGGUUUUCUUUACUGAUCCCCAAGAUGUCAAACAAUUGUUAGGCAACAACAAUUUGACACAUAAAUCACAAAAUUAUGACAGCAUUAGCCCUUGGUUAGGCAAAGGUCUUUUAACCAGCAGUGGUGAUCAUUGGCACAGAAGAAGAAAGCUUUUGACUCCGGCAUUUCAUUUUCGCAUCUUAAGUGAAUUUAAGGAACCCAUGGAGGAAAAUUGUAAAAUAUUGGUGCGACGUUUGGAGGAGAAGGCUAAUGGCGAAGAAUUUGAUAUCUAUCCUUAUAUAACCUUAUUUGCCUUGGAUGCGAUAUGUGAGACGGCCAUGGGUAUUAAGAAAAAUGCUCAAAUGCAAAGCGAAUCGGAAUAUGUUAAAGCGGUGCAAGCCAUUUGUAGCAUUCUCCAAAAAAAGGCCUUCUCGUUCUGGCAGAGAAACAACGUAUUUUUCAAAUACACUGAAGCGGGUCGUCAGCGAGAUGCUUGCCUUGAAAUUUUGCAUGGCGAAACAAAUCGCGUUAUAAAACUACGACGCAAAUUAUUGCAAGAUUCGAAAAUUAAAUCAAUGGAUGAUGCUGAGAAAUCAUACGAUAGCAUUGGCAGCAAAAAACGUUUAGCCUUUCUGGAUAUGUUGCUGAUUUCACAAAUGGAGGGAGUGCCUUUGACCGAUCGCGAAAUAAGAGAAGAAGUCGAUACAUUCAUGUUCGAAGGACAUGACACUACCAGCUCAGCUAUAGGAUUUGCCAUAUAUCUACUCUCACAAAAUGCCCAAGCCCAAAAGUUGGCCUAUGAAGAGGCAUUGGCUCUUGAAGGCAGAGAAAAGGAAUCAAUGCCUUAUUUGGAAGCUAUCAUCAAAGAGACUUUACGUUUGUAUCCCUCGGUGCCGGUAUAUGCGCGAGCUGUUAAAGAAGAUUUGCAAGUGGGCAAAUUGGUCGUACCCAAAGGUGCCAGUAUUUCUCUGCUGGUCUAUAUGACCCACCGUGAUGAGAAAUAUUUUCCAGAUCCCGAAAGAUUUGAUCCUCAAAGAUUUUUGCAGAAAGACAAGGAGAUGCAUCCCUUUAGUUUUGUGGCAUUCAGCGCUGGGCCAAGGAAUUGUAUAGGUCAAAAAUUUGCCAUGCUGGAACUAAAGUGUUCCCUAUCUUAUCUAUUGCGUAAGUUUGAAUUUCUUCCUGUGGAAGGUUUUAAACCAAAUCCUUUGGCUGAAUUGGUUAUGAGAAGUGGAAAUGGCAUCAGAAUUCGCAUUAAACAUCGGAAUUGAGUUGCAGCAAUUUGCUAACAUGGAUUAAGACAAGAAAAAGGCUGUUUUAAGAAUUUCAAUGAAUGAAUGUUUAAAUAUUUAUAUAUAGGAAAAAAUAAUUUUUCCGUAGCUGUAUCAUAAAUGAAAUACAAUUUUACCAAAGCAA